CGUCUUCGAGUAACGUUACUUAUUUCGGUGAAAUCUAAUUCCGUCUAAUAUCUAUUGCCAGUUUUAUUAAUUGGAACGAACGAGUCCUCUGUUAUGUGCUUGCUUUAUGCUGUGAUUGUGAACUAGAUGCCAGGAUUUCGCACAAUGGAAUUAGUGAUUGCAUGCAUAAUGUUGGGAGGAUUUGGACUACCGGCUGUUUUUGGAAAUCCUGACGCAAAACGUUUGUACGACGACCUUCUAUCAAACUACAACCGCCUCAUACGACCCGUUGGCAAUAAUUCGGACCGUCUAACUGUUAAAAUGGGAUUAAGGCUUUCGCAACUUAUAGACGUUAAUCUCAAAAAUCAGAUAAUGACGACAAACGUUUGGGUACUGCAGGAAUGGAACGAUUACAAGCUAAAGUGGAAUCCUGACGAUUACGGGGGGGUUGAGACAUUACACGUGCCCUCUGAACAUAUCUGGCUGCCAGACAUCGUCCUUUACAAUAAUGCCGAUGGCAAUUACGAAGUAACCAUUAUGACUAAAGCAAUUUUACACCACACCGGAAAAGUCGUUUGGAAACCUCCUGCUAUUUAUAAGUCGUUCUGCGAAAUUGACGUCGAAUAUUUUCCGUUUGACGAACAAACUUGCUUUAUGAAAUUCGGUUCGUGGACGUACGAUGGUUACAUGGUUGACCUUCGACAUCUCUCUCAGGGCCAAGAUUCUGACAACAUAGAUGUAGGCAUAGACCUUCAAGAUUAUUACAUAUCAGUUGAGUGGCACAUAAUGCGUGUCCCCGCUGUACGCAAUGAAAAAUUCUACAGUUGCUGCGAGGAACCCUAUCCCGACAUAAUAUUCAAUAUAACGCUACGUCGAAAGACACUCUUUUACACAGUAAAUUUAAUAAUACCAUGCGUCGGUAUAUCUUUUCUAUCAGUUCUUGUGUUUUACUUACCGUCAGAUUCGGGUGAAAAAAUUUCACUGAGUAUUUCGAUUCUACUAUCUCUCACGGUGUUCUUCCUCUUAUUAGUGGAAAUUAUUCCACCGACUUCCAUAACUGUGCCUCUGUUAGGUCAAUAUUUGUUAUUUACCAUGUUACUCUGUACAUUAUCCGUAGUGACAACGAUCGCUGUGUUAAACGUUAACUUUAGAUCACCAGUAACGCAUAAAUUAGCACCGUGGGUACGUUAUUUUUUUAUCGGCAUCCUUCCGAAAUUCUUAUUUAUCGAGCGUCCCAAAAAGGACGACGACGAUAACAAAGGUGGGGAUAGUAUGCUUACGGACGUUAUCCACAUACCUGGAUCGGACAAGUUUAAAGCUUACGAUAAUAAUUCCUUCGGUGGAAGUUUUGAUCUGGGCAUACUUCCGCCGUCAAGAUUCGACGUUGCCGCCUCGGGAGGUAUAGGCCCGUGUUUUGGAGAGCCGCCGUUUCCCGCUAUGCCACUUUCUGGAGGUGACGACGAUCUCUAUAGCCCAGCUAGUUGUAGAAAAAAUACCUAUGAUGGUGCAAACGAGCCAAGUCCUAUUUUCGAAAAACUUGGAAUACACGAUAUUGAAAAAACCAUCGCCGAUUCAAGAUUUAUUGCUCAACACGUUAAAAACAAAGACACAUACGAAAAUGUAGAGGAAGACUGGAAGUAUGUCGCGAUGGUACUCGACCGUCUUUUUCUUUGGCUGUUCACCAUAGCUUGCGUAACCGGAACAGCGUUAAUCAUUUUUAAAGCACCGUCACUUUACGAUAACACAAGACCAAUCGACAUUCUCAUCUCAAAAGUCGCGAAAAAGAAAAUGGCACUACUCAAAAUGGAACCUGAGGAGCUAUAAAAUAGCUCACCAGCGACAUGUUGUUAUGUUUUAUUACUCCAUGCGAUAAUGACGAUAAUCAUUAAUAUAGAAUUGUUUUGUUAUAAUCAUGAGUAAUGAUACAAAAUGUUGACACUUGUUUCAUUUUUACUAAAAAUUGUAGUUUAAAUUUUUAUGUCUUUAAUCUAAUAACUGUUUUUCUAUA